AUGAGUAAUAAUGUGGUCGAUAUUUCUGAUAUGACAAAUGAAAUAGGCAACAGAAUAUUAGAUUUCAAUGUUUCUCAAGCAAUAGAAGAAGAAUCAUAUGAAAAAACAAUUGAAAUACCGACACGUUACAUGAAUAAAGCUCGUGUAACUGUUAGUAUACCAUAUUUACUCUCAAAAACAGCAAAAGAAGCCGUCAAAGUUGCUUUAAGGAGAUUUAACGUUAAUAUUUCAGAACCCCAUUUUAUCAUUUGCGAAUUACCAAACGAUGAAUACAUCUUUCUUGAUCCAGAUAAAAAUUUACAGUCAUACAAUAUCAAUGACGACUGCUUUUUUAGCAUACUCCCACAAACUCAUUCUGUACGUUUUGAAUCUAUUUUUUGCAAUAAAGAAACAAUGGAAAUGGAUCUUUCAAUGACAGUCGGAGAUGUAGUUAAGAAAUAUCUUCAACAAUAUAAUAUUGAAAUUACUCAUGAUUAUACUAUUUCUUAUGAAGAUAAUGAAGAGUACGUAAUUCUGAUGAGAGAUGAAAUCUUUGGAUCCUGCUUCAUACCAAGUAGGACAUUCAGAGUUUUUAGACGCUACUUUAACUUUACAAGAGAAGAUCUGACUUCGGAAUUUCUGGCAAAACAAGCUUACGAAUCAAUAUUAAAGGCAAUCCCUUAUAUGAAUUUGUAUCCUAAUGACGAACAGAUACAAAAUUUAGCAUACUUUACGUAUUUAAUCGAUUACAAUAAUACAAGUUUGUCAAAUAUGCCUUCGGACGUCGUUGAUUUUCUUCCACAAGCAAAGUCAAUCGAAAAAUAUCGAAAGAUGAUUAUCAAGAACUACUCAAAAUUGAAAAUUCCAACCAAAAUAAAUUGUUAUCGAAAUUGGAUCAGAGUUAUGCGUUCUAUCCCAGGAUUCGGAGCGUACAUAGAAUCAGCAUACAUCACACAAGAUCCAUCAGGCAAAAAGAGAACACAACAAUGUACUGCCAUCGCUAAUCCCAUUGAAAUCAUUUUUGCUACACAAAAAUGUCUGAAAGUACGUGCAGAUUCUGAUAAUUUCUGCUUCAGAAUUUCAUUCAUGAACUUAAAAUCCGUAAAAUUGGAUUAUCGCGAAGUUAUCUUAACUUAUUACAACAGAAACAAAGACGAAAACACAAUAAUAGCCAAACUUGCAGAUGAAGAUAUAGCAGACGAAUUUUACAGCUACAUUUCUGAAAAUCACUCGAUUAUCAGAAAAAUUUUUCAAAAUCGCGCCGAAAGAAAAGCGAAUGGUGAGAAGAUUGAGUUUUCUUCAUCAUUCGAGAAGAUCAAUCUCAAGACAAUUUCAAAGAUUUCUUCCAAACAUUGCGAAAUUUUUUCUUAUGACAGAGAUUUUACAGGCCGACAGCUCGCAGAAAAGGCCGCGCUCAACUUACAACUCAUUCGCGAGGGUGAAAAGAAUCACCCUGAGUACGUAGUCUUGGUAAUUAAGUCAAUUAACGAAUUCGAGUGGUUAGAUCUCGACAAGAAGCUCUACGAACAAGAAAUUUUCGACAACCUCAUCAUUCUCGUCGUAAAUCCAAUCACUUUGAUCAAGUUCCAUAACGCAAAUUCAUCGAAAACAUUAAAAAUCGAUUUACAUAUGAAAAUUGAAGACAUUAUCAAGCGUUUCAUGGCAAAACUCGGUCUUCCUGUAUUAGACGGAUACGCUCUCUACUACCAAGAUGGAGAUAAGAAGAUUCCUUUGAAUCCAGAAAAUUAUAUUCCUGGUCAAUGCGAUAAUUACAAAGAAUUAUGGUUCCAAAGGAGAUUGUACAUGAUUACUAAUGAAGUAGCUAACUCUAGAAUCAUCAGAUACCAAUCAGUUAACGAUUGUAUGAGCUUUUUCAUGAAUAAUGAGACUACAAUGACAUUAAAACAAGCAAUUGACCUUGCCCUCAUGUACAGACACGCCACGACAACAGAUAUCGAUGAAGUCAAGAAGGAUGACGGCUCUACAAUCAAUGCUUACGUUCCAAAAUGGGUUGUUGUGCAUGAAAAUUCGGUUCACUUCACUUCUGACAAAAGUGACAAGUUUACAUGGCAAAAAUAG